CUAAAAAAUACAGUCAAACAAUAAAGCAUGCAUCUAAAAGUGUACCUUGACCAUCAGCCGCCCGAUGUUUUCUGCAAUGUGAUCCAAUGGUUGACAUAAAACAACAAACAACGCCGCCAAAAACGAACUUUCCUGUUCUCUUUACAGCUUCGUUGGAAAAAGUCGCCGUUGACGUUACAGUAUCCAAUCUAUAUAUAUAUACACGUUGUCAUUCUUUCGCAUCUUCAAAAUCUUCCACUUCCACAUUGAAAUUCUUCAGAGUUUUCGAGAUUUAAAGCUUUCCUAAACCGCUUGCUUUCUGAGUUUCUAUGGCCACACCUAAUGAAAUAUCUGCGCUCGAGUUCAUCGAGCGACAACUGUUUAGUGAAAAUUCACCCAUGGAAAAAUUUGGUUCGAAUUUAAUUAUGGAUCAGUGGAUAAAUGAAGCUAAAUCUGAAGUUUCGACUUCUGUGUCUGAUUCUUGCUUAAGUUUACAAGCUUCUAGCUCUGAUUCCUCGAGUAGUUGCUUCAAAACUUUCCCUUUCUUUGAAUUUGAAACCAAACCUCGAAUCAUUGAUCUUGUUAUGCCAAAAUCCUCUCAAUUGGCAGACCAUAUCUUUGAAUUUGACGUUAAGCCUCAGUCUAAACCUAAUAUUUAUAGCUCCAGAUUUGAAUCGCAGCCAAAUGUUUCUCAGAAUUCAGCCUCUCAAACUAAUCGAAAACCUUCUCUACAAAUCUCACUCCCAAACAAAACUCAGGGGCUCCACUUUACUAGCAAAGAUACUCAACCCAAAGAGGCGAUAGACGUUGUGGAGGCAACAAGGCAUUACAGAGGCGUUCGUCGGAGACCGUGGGGAAAGUAUGCGGCGGAGAUCCGCGAUCCUAACCGAAGAGGAUCACGUGUCUGGUUGGGAACCUUUGACAGUGCCAUUGAAGCCGCUAGAGCCUACGAUAGAGCAGCCUUUAAGCUACGCGGCUCAAAGGCCAUCCUAAACUUUCCACUGGAAGCCGGCAAGUGGGUCGAGAGUAGCGCUUGCGAGACAAAGCGGAAAAGAGACGGCGACAAUGUGCAACAAGAGAAGAGGCAAGUGAAGACAGUUAAAGGGAAAAGCGUAGAAACGGUUAAGGAUACGCCGUUGACGCCGUCGAGUCUGUGGGCGUCGUGGGAUAUGGAAAUGAAGAGUGAUGCGAAUGAUAUUUUUAACGUCCCCUUACUGUCGCCGUUAUCGGCUCUCCCGCCGUUGGGUUAUCCACCGUUAAUGGUUCUUUGAGUGACAGUAUAAACAGUGUAAUGUUUUCGGGAAAUAAAUUAAAUACUUUAUUAAUUA